AUGGGCCAGAGCAACAAUGUCACAGAAUUUGUUCUUCUGAGCUUCACUCAGGAUCCUGCAGGGCAAAGAGCAUUAUUUGUUAUGUUUUUACUCAUGUACAUUGUGACGAUGGUGGUCAACCUGCUCAUUGUGGGGACAGUGAUUGCUAGCCCUUCUUUGGGCUCCCCAAUGUACUUCUUCCUUGCAUCUCUGUCACUUAUGGAUGCUGUUUAUUCCACUGCUAUCUCACCCAAGUUGAUUGUAGACUUGCUCCGUGAUAAAAAGACCAUCUCCUUCACAGCUUGCAUAAGCCAGCUCUUUAUAGAACACUUGUUUGGUGGUGUUGAUAUUGUCAUUCUGGUGGCAAUGGCCUAUGAUCGCUAUGUGGCUAUCUGUAAGCCACUGCAUUAUUUAACUAUCAUGAAUCGACGGGUGUGUAUCCUCUUCUUGGUGAUGGCCUGGGUGGGAGGUUUCGCACAUGCUUUAUUUCAAGUUCUCGCUGUGUAUAAACUUCCUUUCUGCGGUCCCAAUGUCAUUGACCACUUUGGCUGUGACAUAUACCCACUAUUGCUACUUGCAUGCACAGAUACUUACUUCAUUGGCCUCUCUGUCAUUGGCAAUAAUGGAGCCAUGUGUAUAGUGAUAUUCCUCCUACUACUACUCUCCUAUGGAAUAAUCAUACGGUCUCUCAAGAAUCACAGUCAGGAAGGGAGGCGCAAAGCUCUGUCUACCUGCAGCUCCCAUAUCACUGUCAUUUUCUUUUUUUUUGUUCCUUGUAUUUUCAUGUAUGUUAGACCUGUUUCUAGUUUUCCUGUUGAUAAAUCCAUCACUGUAUUCUAUACUGUUGUCACUCCAAUGUUGAAUCCUUUAAUAUAUACAUUGAGAAAUUCAAAGAUGAAAAUUUCUAUGGAAAAGCUUCUGCAAAAAGUGUUAAGACCCAAUAGAAGAAGAUUUUCUUCUUGCUGCUCAUAUUACUAA